CGCACAGUCAAGCCGCAGGCUCUGCCCGCUCCGGAGGCAGGGCAAGUGGGUGCGCUGGAAGACGAUGGAUUUCCAGGUGACAGGCCUGGACCUGGACAAGAGGCAGCCGGACAGUCCCCAGCGCUUCCUGGACCAGGAGGAGGCCGAGGAGGCCGAGGACGGGCAGCUGCUGGAGCCGCAGGCAUGGAGGACCUACAUGGAGCACCGCACGGCGCUGCGGGAGUUCCUGACCUCCCAGCUGAGCCCCCAGCUGCUCAGGCGCCACCAUGCCCGCGUGGAGCUGCUCCGAAGGUGCUCCUACCACAUUGAGAUCCUGCCGAAGCACCUGGCCCUGGGCGACCAGAACCCACCACUGCUGCCCCACACCAUCUUCCAGCUGGUCGACCCCUGCAAGUUCCAGCGCAUGAAGAAAGUGGGCGCCGCUCAGGCCAGGAUUCAGCUGCUGCUGCUCGGAGACCUGCUGGAGCAGCUGGACCGCGGCCGCGCCGCGCUGGAUGCCCUGCUCGAGUCGCCUGACCCACGGCCCUUCCUGGCGGGUUGGGCGCUCGUGGAGCAGCGGCUGGCGGGCCUGUCAGCCGUGAUGGAUAACUUCUUGGCAAUGAUGGUGCCUGGGCGCCUGCACAUCAAACACCGCCUGGUGUCUGAUGUCAGUGCCACCAAGCUCCCCCACAUCCGGCUUCUGCUGAGCACCAAAAUGCCCGUCAUGUUCGACCGCAAGGAGUCGGUGGCCCACCAAGACUGGGCCACCCUGCGCUGGUUUGUCACCAUCCAGCCGGCGGCCCCAGAGCAGUUUGAACUGCGAUUCAAGCUGCUGGACCCACGGACACAGCAGGAGUGCCUGCAGCGUGGCAUCGUCCCUGUGGCCACCUGCACCUUCGAGAUCCAUCACCUGCUUCCCGACCGCGUCUACAAGUUCACGGUCAAGAGAGCUGAGAGCUACACGCUGGUGUAUGAGCCCUGGGAGGACAGCCUCACUCUGCACACCAGGCCGGGGACCCCCGAAGGGCUGGCCCCCAGUCUGCUGGGCAAGCCGGGCCACCCCUGACCACAGCUUCCCAGAGAUGAUUUUCUAAUAUUUAUCCAUUAAUAAAGAGCAAUAUAAACACACAAUUAUAGAAACAAAAGUUCUAAAGGUGGAAGCAGCCACAUGACUGCUUUCUGAUUUGGUGCAGCCCGCCCACAAGACCCAGGACCCCGUCAGCCCCUGGUCCCUUUUCCAGGGGAGACCCAAGCUGGACCUUCCAGAACAGCUGACCCCUGG